UGUACAGAGAUGGCCAUAUAGCUCAGCUCUUUUCAGCUAAAUAAACCGAUCUCUGAACUAAAUCUGAGACAAUGGAGCAACAAGUAUGCUUUCUUGUUAUUCUUUUUAAAUUUUUACUAAAAUCUUGCAUUUUACAGUAAGGAGUAUGUUUUUAAAAAAUUAUUAUAUUGGCUGUAUUCCCACUGCUUUUUAUUGUUAGGAAAUACUUAUCUCAGAUUCAUCUACAGAACAUUUGUAUUAGGUUCCUCAGUGGAUCCGUUGUUCCUUUUACAAAGCUGAUAUAGCUGUGUGGUUUUAGUAUUUCUGCAGGCAUUCUUCAGCCCGGUGUAGAAGUACAACAUUUCGAGAGUAUGAGAAGUCCUAUGUAGCAACUUCUGUGACUUCUACUUCUUAGUUGGCCUGUUUGGUUGUGGUUUUUUGUGGUGGACAAUUUACCUGUUGGAAUCAGCUGCUUGGAGAUGAUGGGGCUUCAUUUGGAAAAAUACUCUUUUCCUAGCACUGGACUUUCUCAGUCAAUCUGGCUUGUGGCAGUGUCUUAUCCACUAUUUUGGGGUUUUUUUUUGUGACAGAGCAUAGUGGCAGGUACUUGAUUCAUCUAUAGUUUUGGGUUUUUUUGUUCUACUAAUGAAGAACAUUUGUAAGCAGGGUUUUUUUUUCUGCAGUAAUACUCUUUUUUGUUCAUACUACUAACGUACUUGAAAUUAAGAAAUUACAUUUCAGACUCUAACAUUUUAUAUUUUAUGUUCACUGAAAGCACUCACUGGCAUGAAAUUAAGCAUAUGUAAUUUAAGGACUUUAGUGUUUAGUCUGCUAUUCCCAAUUGGAUUGAAUUCCAUCGCACACUGAAUGCCCUGGUGUUUCAGCUUUCUCUGUGCAGGCAUGUGGAACUGAGAGAGUAUGGCAUAAGUUUUAAAUGGGAGUAAGAACUGCAGAAACUGGAAACAAAUUUGCGAAGAACCUGCUUUCCUGGAAAUAAAAAUCCUCAGUAACCUUUCAGUUCUUUCCAGCCCACCUUCAGUUUAAAUUCUAGAUAGUGUGAUAUGCUUUUUAAAUAACAAAUUAUGCCAGAGGAGUAAGGGGGUUUAAAUUUAGCUUAAGUGCUUUAUCUAGUGAUGAAGUCUCAUACCAAGAUGAAGGUGCUUAUUGAUACAUAUGAAGUUUUGUCUUAAAGAAACAUUAAUUAGAAAGUGUUUUCCUGUUGUGCUGUGUACUUUGAGGAAGAAGGUGUUCUUAUGUAAAUAAUGAUAAUUGAGUUAAUUUUUUUUAUUUUAUCUCAUUAUGAUCAGAGAUUUUACUUUUUUUUUUUAAAGAAAAGCUUAUCUUUAGCAGCAUUGAGAUACUAUCCAUGUGUAUGCUUUGCCUGUAACUUAUGAUUUUAAAAUAAUCCUAAAUUUCCAGUUCAAAUUAAAAUUACGGUCAUGGAAAUGAUGCAUAUUAUUGCAUAAUUUGUACUAUUUAAAAGCUUUUAUUUCUGAAGUGUUGGGUUAAGUCAUUGUGGAGAUUUUUUGUUGAUGUUAUUGAUCUCACUUCUUUAUUGGCUUUUUUUUAAUCAGACUGAUUUGACAUCUGCUCUGUUUUUGUGUUAUUUUGUUUCAACUUAAGCAAGUUCUGUAUUAAGAAUGUGGCUGGUUGAGUGGAUGAAAUUCCCCCACCCCCCAAGCAAGUGUGGUGAUUUAAUGGAAAUAAACUGGCAGAAGAAUUAGAAAUAUAGUGGAUGUGCUAGAGCUAAGUUUAUGGACAUUAAGAAGAACGAAAGGUUUUUAAGUUCUGCUUCUUAUCCAGUGACUUGACUUUUGGGAAAGUAAUAGGAUUUUAUCACCACUGAAUGUUCUUUGUGAGCAGGUUAGACAAAUGAGGCAGUUUAUCUUUUAUUGCUGUCAGGUGAGGGGCAACUCAUAUUUCCUUUUUUAUUUAUCAUUAUUUUUAAUACCGCAUUGUUCAUUUGGUGCGCAUUCUGUGAUGUUUCCCAGAGCAAUGAACAAGCGGGAGUCUGAACAAACCUGCACUUCAGAAGCUUUGCUUGAAAAUUCCAUCAGUUAUUUUUUUGAGCUUCUGAUAAUGUCUGAUUUCUGUAAUCUUAAAAGUUUAUUAGUUUUCUACAAAUAUUCAUGUGCUGUUUGUCUAAACAGAUAGAAUUUUUUAUCAGAACAAAGAUAGAACUCCAUUGUAGAUCGCCAUCUUGGUUUUCUUCCUUUAUUUGAAUGAGACACCUUGUUGUGCUCUGUGCAGAAUCAGUGAUCUCAGUCUAGUAAUGCACUUGAAGAAGUAUGUGAUCUUGCAUGUGAGCCAUCUUGUUGAAGAAAGUGUAGCUCAUAUAUAUGGAAUGGCUUUUGGAUUAGUUUGAUUGUAACUGUGUCUUGUAUUCAAUUCAUGAGGCUUGUAUGUAAAAUACUUCAUUUCAUGUGUAUUUUAAUGUUCCUUACCUAAAUCUGAUCACCUUUGAGAUAACGUUUUUGCCAAAACAAUAAUGAGGGAGAAGUCUAUUUAGCUAUUGGUUGUAUUCAGCCUCUCCCAUAGUGGCAGUUUGCCACCUCUGGAAAGGAAGGCACGUUGCUUUCUGUACCUUUUGAAAUACAGACACGAAAGCCUGCUUAUGCUCAGGAGCUCUGCAUUCGCUUGGAGAGUGCUGUGAUCACCCUGUGGUUUCUAAUGACCAGGAAAAGGAGGCGUUUUUUCUGGAAGUCAGUUUUUUGUUGUUGUUUUUAAUCAAAUGUGAUAAAUUCUAGAUUGUUCUGGACCAUGUCAGCUGGGAAGACUGCUCUUUUUGAAAAGAAAUUCCAUUCCUAUUUUCUAUAUGUGAUAAAGCAGUGAGUACAGAACCCUCCCCGAAGGCAUAUUUUCAGGGCUCAGUGAGAAGAUUGACUUGCAGUUUCGAAAAGUUUGUUGCUGGGGCUUCCUCUUCCCUUUUUUUGUUUUACUCAGAACAGCAUCAUUGAGAAAUGCAUAAAGUUUGUUGAUGUUCAUAACAAUAUAGGUCUUCUAGAUAGCACAGCUUGUGAGUUGCUUUUCAUACAGAAGGUUAUUAGGUAUAGUAUUGAAAUAUUUACAGAAGAACAGCUAAGUAAGGGAUCAAUUUUAUUUUUAGUGUUCAGUGACAGAACAUGGUCUGAAGCAAAAACUAUGUAUCUUCUCUUGCAAGUUCCAGGGAUGGUUGGUAGAUUCCUGUCAAAUCAGUGGUUAAAAUGUAAUCUUGUCCUUUCUCAUAAAUGAGAUGGCACUAAAUUGUCAGUUUCAUCCGGUGAAUGUAGGCUGUUACUACUGAGCUUCCGUUUCUUUUUUGACUGCUUAUAUUUAUCUGUCCCCUUAUGAAGUUGGACUUGAUUUUUUGAGUUUGGUGGGGGUCACUAUUAGAUGGAUUAAGAAAUUAUCUUCAGUGCCCUCCAGGAGUCUCCUGGAUUGCUUACAGCUGAAAUUUGUGUGAUUUGAUUAAUUUUUUUUUCCUGUUUCACUUCCUAUGCUUUGCUAUAGAAAGCCUAAUAAAAGCUUAUUCAGUUCUUUUUAUUUAACUUCUCUAAAUUUUGAUAGACUUUCAGUCAUACUCUGAAACGAUGAGGUGAGAGGUGAGGUAAGGCAUGACAGAAGAGUGAUGAAAAAGAUGGAACAAUUUUCUUGGGCCCACCCUGCUUCUUUAUCAUAUUCAUAGUAGGUGGAAAAUUGGAAGAAUACUUCUUAGACUUUUGCAGUUCUGCUUUGCAUAUGUGUGUUUUGAACACUUUUAAAGUUACAGUUAUAUUGGAAAGUAGCAUUUCUUUUGAAGGAUGCAAGAAAGGUGAACGGUAGAUGUGACUUGCAUCAAUUAUAUCACUUGAAGAGUUGUACCAGUAUGGAGGAACUGCAUUGACAUGACUGACAUCUUGCUCAGCCGCGUCAUCUGAAGUUGUUGAUGGCUGUUUGCUGUCUGGGUUUAUGUGAUCAUGAGGUAAUAGGGUGGUGGGGGAGGUACCCUUUCCAUACCAUUUUGGUUUGUGUUGCUCUUUCUAGAAAGAGAGAAGCUAGAAAGGAUGAAAAAUACUCUUCAGUUCUCUCUUUUAAGUACUUACAGCUGUGCAUCUUCUUAUCCAGAGAAUCAGUGACUGAAGUUGUAGUCUUUAGAUUUUGUGUUAACCUACAAUAAUUUCUUUGGAUCCAAGUUCCACUUCUUGGUGAAUCAUUAAUCCUGUUUGCUGGUUUGUACUUGAGGAAGCCAUCACAUCUUGUUCUGAGGAAGCACGCUGUUACAAUUGAGUGUUUAAAAAUUAUUAUUUUAGGUUGAGGAUUUGGUGUAGUUUUUGUUUGGUUUGGCGUUUUUUUGUGGGUUGUUUUUUUUCAGCUUUGCCAUGGGAAAAGGGUUAUUGCAAGUGUAGCAUUUGUUUUGAAAUGGAAGGCUGAUCUGAAGAAUAUUAGGAAGUUAGCUGAAUGCCCCUUGUACAGGCUGUAGUGAUAACUCUAGAUAGUUUGACAUGGUCACAGUGAGUGUCUGCCUGUAGGUUUGUAAGGGUGAGAGUAGUGACUGAAUAGCUGCAUAAUAAAGCUGAAGACAUUAAAGUACAUACUGUUUCUUAAGACAGUCAGGGGAUUGGAAGCUAAAUUUAAGAAAUAGUCUUAUCUCUGACCCUUAAAUGGCUGAGGAUCUUUAGGACAGAAACAUAAGAAAAUGUUGAGGAUCCAGAGAGGUUUGUCGUCUCUCUCUUAAGCAGUAUUAAUAUCAGUUUCUUUGAUAGUGAUGGAGCUAAGAUUAGAAUGUAUAAAUUGCAUAAACGCCAGUACAGAAUUGAGAGAUUUUAAGGCCUUGAAUAAUAGGGAUGUCUUAUUUUUUUCUCGUUAAACAUUACAUACUAAGAAAUUAUGUUACUGUUUGAUUUUCUUUUUCGUAUUGCAGAGUGGAUCUAAAUUGUUUACACAGAACAGUUGGGGUGGUCUGUAGUAUAGAUGAAGAUGUAGCUUGCUAAUUGUUUCCUUAUAGGAGGAAGUAGAGGAGAAAUUUUUUUUAAAAUCUCCCUUUGUAACUCUUUAAAUCUCUGAAUCUCUUAAUCCCUGCCUGUAGUCCUGCCAAUUUAAAUCUCAUCAGGUACUUUUUUAGCAUCAUCCUUAAACUCUUGGAGAUUAUUGUGAUUCCCUUGGUCUCUCCUUUUGAAGCACUGUAGGAGAUACAGCUAGGGCAUCUAUGUUGCAUCAGAAGAUGAGGUGUAAUUGCCUGCCAGUGACAGACGUCACGCAGACAGUAUGCAACUGCUAACAGGUAAUUUCUCUUUAGCUGCAGUUUACAUGUACAGUUACUUUGAGGAAGUUUGAAAUGUGUCAGAAUUUAUGCUGUCACCUCUGUCACUCCAAUUUCAAAGUUGUGGGUUUGUGAGUGCAGCCCCUGAAGGGCUUAAACAGAUAGUUCCAAAAGGACUUGGCCUGUUAACAUUUGCUUUUGGCUACUGUUAGGAAGUCUGUGGGUAGUGUGGUGAAAUGCUUCAGUUGAAUAGAUAAGGACACUAAGCUAGCUUUUAUAUUGUAUGUGAGUGAUUCGGACCUCGUUAUUUUUGCCACCUCACACCACUUUUAGAUUGUGCAGUGUCUGUUUUUUUGUGGUUUCUUGCUUUGCUGAUGUUGUUCUUGGUUUUCGUUUUGUUCAAUUUUCCAAAGUUCUGUUUGAGAAUUCAUAUUUCAAAUAUAUGGAAUAUACAGCAUCCUCAUGAAGGAGUGCCUGAGGAGUGUGGAUUCUUGGUUUUGGUUUUUUUUCAUUGAAAGAUGCUUUCUAAAUCAGAAUGAUGUCAUGAUAAAUGUUUUUCUGUAUUGCUGAUUCCUUUUACUAACAUGGGAAAUAAAAGUAAUUCUCAGAGAAGCUGGUAAUUGUUCCGGGGGAUGAAAUGUGAAGGGAAGAAUUAAAGAGACUAGCAAACAACAAGAGUGCAGAAAUAGAUUAAAAAGGUUGUUAGUGGUUCUAAAAGGAAAUGUAUCUUUAUAGUGAAGAGUGAAUUUCAAAUGUAAAAUAAAAACACCAAAAUAAAAGUCAGUAAUGUUUAAUUGCGCAUACAUCCUUUUAUGUCAGUGAAAGUCAUAUAGCUUGAUCAGCAGAUAGCCAGCUUAGGAAGGGUGACUUGUAAUGCAGACCUGAUUAUGCGGUCCACAUGUCACAGCCAGGCUUCGAAGUCGGCCUUCAUUGAUAGCUCGGACAGGCCUAUCAUCCCAGUAGGUGAUAUUCUCCAUGCAUCCUUUGUUCUUUUCAUUGAGGUAAAGGGGAAGGGCAGUGUGGCUGUAAUAACUGUUAGUAAAGAGUCUCCAGGGUUCUGUUUCGGGGUGGGGGAUAAUUGUCUUGAAAUGUGAGGACAGCAUCCUUUGAGAUGAACUUCAGGCCAAAGUACUGAAGAAUUUAACUGCACAAGAAAAUGCAGAUCUGGACAUAUGCAGAGUAAGAAAUAAUUUGAGAAAAACAUUGUGAGGACAGGCAGGAGAAGAAAUGAUACUACUUUAAAAAAACACUUGUGUGAAGGAACUUGCUAUAUGUUUUUAUCAAUAAUUUUGCACUUUUUUGUGUGAAGUAGGUAGCAUACUAUCCUGUAGGGGUUUUUUUAUAGCUGAGCUCCCUAGAAAUGCUGUACAUUACAAACUGUGAGGAAAUCCUAACCUGCUCUUUGUUUGCUUGUUUUCCUAGUUUUUCUCUUGUGUGCGUUACCAUGCAAGAAAAAAACCCUCCUGUCUUUACUUUUAUUGGAUGGCUUUGAACUGUACUAUUAUGCAUCUUGUUUUAUAUGGAUUUUGUUGUAUGCAAGGAAAACAGGAUAACAAUGAGGAAGAAAAAGUAGGAAGAAAAACAAUUUAUGUUGCAUAUAUGUGUGCCUGUAUUAUGCGAGUAAGUAUGUGCAUAGAUAGGUUUUGACUAGAAAUCUGUGGCCAUUCUGUUGAACUGAGAGUGUGUUAGUAAUGUGUAGGAGUAGGAUUUGGGAUAUUCGAUACUGAGAAGUACAUAGUUCUUAUUUUAGGGGGGAAGUGUCAGUUAUGGGUAUCAAUACUUUAAUAUAUUUGUGCUAAUUAGUUCUUAGUGUAUUUAUGUAUCUUAAAAUCUGAAAGGGGAGGAGGGUAGCUUUGAAAAUGCAGUAAAACACUGAGAACUCAGUAAGAUCAUUGUUAGAAAGUAGAGACUUAUACAGUUAUAAAGAUAUUUUUUUUUAAAAAAAGUUGUUUUGUAAAGUAGUAUCUUGCACUUUACCUGCUGGCUUUUCAAUUUGGUAGAUAACAUCUGAACUCCAGCAGAGUUUUAUAAUCCCCACGUGCUUAAAUAUACUAAAUGUUCUUUUUCCAUUAAGGUUAAUGUUCGUGAAGAAAUUGAAGAGUUUUUUCCAAGAAUGUGGAAGAUAAAUCAAGAUAAAAGAAGGCUAAUGAAAAGUAUUAAAGAUCAGAAAAUUAAAAUUGAAUGGGGGAAAAAAUUGAACAGAAGAUUGGUCAGAUAGAAGCACUUGAAUAUUUUUUUAAGGCUAUAAUGAAUUGUUUGAAUUGGGGAAGAAUACACGAAGUAUGAAAAAUGAAAAACUCAAUGAAGAAUGAAGAAAAGUAGAAAGCAAGAGUGAAGUAGAAUUAAAAGAAUCUGGAAGAAUGAAUGGGUCCUAGGUUAAGUAAAUGAGUCUCGCUCCCAGUCAAAAUCUCCAGCUGGGAGUCCUGCUCGUGUAAAAUCGGAGAGCAGGUCAGGAUCUCGCAGUCCAUCGAGGGCUUCCAAACAUUCUGAAUCUCACUCUAGAUCAAGAUCAAAAUCAAGGAGACGUUCUCGAAGCAGAUCGUACACACCAGAAUACCGUCGUCGAAGGAGCCGUAGUCAUUCUCCAAUGUCCAACAGGAGAAGGCACACUGGCAGCAGAGCCAAUCCCGAUCCUAAUACGUGUCUUGGAGUGUUUGGUCUCAGUUUGUAUACUACUGAGAGAGACUUGCGUGAAGUCUUUUCCCGUUAUGGACCUUUGACUGGUGUCAAUGUAGUUUAUGAUCAACGGACUGGACGAUCAAGAGGAUUUGCUUUUGUUUAUUUUGAGAGAAUUGAUGAUUCUAAAGAGGCAAUGGAGCAUGCGAACGGUAUGGAGCUGGAUGGCAGGAGGAUUCGGGUGGAUUACUCAAUCACCAAGAGAGCACAUACACCCACCCCAGGCAUCUACAUGGGCAGGCCAACACACAGCGGAGGAGGUGGUGGUGGCGGAGCAGGUCGUCGCCGUGACUCAUAUUAUGAUAGAGGGUAUGACAGAGGAUAUGACAGAUAUGAAGAAUAUGACUACAGAUACAGGAGACGAUCACCAUCGCCUUACUAUAGUCGAUACCGAUCACGAUCAAGAUCGCGUUCCUAUAGUCCAAGGCGCUACUGAAGAUCAGAAGAGUUAUAGUUGCAGACGUGAUGACGUAAUUUUUAAGUACAAAGUUCGGAUCUUAGCUUCCUUACUGCUUUCCCUCCCAUCCCUUCCUUCCUUGUCCUCCAUCCAGCUCUUCUACGAAUCUUUGGUUCAUUUAGAAUUUACAUAUUUCAGUUGAAGUAUUCCUGUUUUACAUCCCUUCUUAUUGUAAUACUCUUAAAUAUUGUAAUUGUUGUAGUUUUUGUGUAGUAAAACAUCUUCAGUAAAAGGAAAUAGAGAGCCCAAAGUGCUGAUACAUUUUGGAUGUCAUUCCUAUUCUGUUUUUAAAACAAUUGGACUCCCAACUAGUGACAAGAGAGCAUUGAUAUUUUUAAGGCUUGCAUGUCAUAUGUAAUAUACACACUCGGAUACUUUAAUAUAAACCUGCAUUUCCAAGUAACUCGUUAAUCUUUCUGUUAAAAUGUUUACCUAUUACUUUGAUAAACAAGUAACGACUUUGAGCCUUUUCUGUAAUGACAAAUUUACUUAGAUAGUCAUGAACCAGAGGAUUUUUUUUUUUUAAUUUUUUUUUGUCAGGUAGUUGCUUUGAGCGUAGAAUAUUUGAGCUAGAGCAAAACUUGGUAUUUGACUGACUGAGAAAACAGAUCCUUGUACAUUCAAAAUUAAGCUUGUGUUUUAUAGAUAAAUUUUCUGGGUUGCUACACAGUGGAUAACAUUUGAAGUUCAAAGUGUAAAAGUCCUGGUGCUUUUAUUGUACUUGGUUGAAUAUUUCCCCUUAAUCGGUGCAGGAGCAAAAAUAUUUAUUGAACAUAGCAAUUAGUUCUAUAAUUUGCUGUUCAUUUAAAUGACAAUAACAAAACCCACCAACUUUUUGGUAUUGCAAUAAUGAUUAAGCAAGUUUGGUUUCCAGUCCUUUCUGGAGUUUUGGAAGUAUUGGAUGGAAAAACCUACAACUAUAUGUAAACCUUUUUUCCCAUCAAUAAAAGUUAAUUCCACUGAGA